AUGGAGCAGUUCGACGGGGACAAACCGCGCAACCACGUCGAGGCAGAUGCCCGCGACGAGAAGAGGAAGCACCGCAAGGAUAAGCCGUGGGACAGCGAAGACAUUGACCACUGGACGAUCAGCCCAUGGCAAGACGAAGUGCAGGACGAGAAGAAUGCCGAGAAGAAGGUCAAGAUGCCAGGUCUAUUGGAGGAGAGCUCUUUUGCCACCUUGUUCCCCAAGUACCGCGAGAAGUACUUGCGUGAAGUAUGGCCAAUUGUGACCAAAUCAUUGGAUGCUCACAAGAUCUCGUGCGAGCUGAAUCUGGUGGAAGGUAGCAUGACCGUGCGCACUACGCGCAAGACAACGGACCCGUACAUUGUGCUCAAGGCACGGGACUUGAUCAAGCUGCUGGCACGCAGUAUUCCUGUUAAUCAAGCAGUGAAAAUACUGAAUGACGAUGUGCAGUGUGAUAUCAUCAAGAUUGGUGGCCUCGUUCGCAACAAGGAACGCUUUGUAAAGCGUCGCCAACGUCUCGUAGGCCCUGACGGGGCAACGCUCAAGGCUAUUGAACUGCUCACGGAAUGCUACGUGCUCGUGCAGGGCAACACAGUGUCGGCAAUGGGCAGCUACCAAGGUCUGCGCAAUGUGCGCAAGAUUGUUGAGGACUGCUUUGCAAAUGUGCAUCCGAUUUAUAAUGUCAAGCAGCUCAUGAUCAAGCGGGAGCUGUCGAAGGAUCCGAUGCUCAAAGAUGAAAACUGGGAACGUUUCUUGCCCUCAUUUAAAAAGCAGAAUGUGCAGACGAAGAAGCCGAGAAAGGUGCGUGAAAAGCGAGAAUACACGCCCUUCCCGCCGGCGCCUGCGGCCAGUAAGGUGGACAAGGAGAUUGAGAGUGGUGAGUACUUUAUGAAAGAGCACGAACGCAAGGCGAUCAAGAAGCAGAAAAAACACGAGGAGAACCUCCAGGUGCUGCAGAAACGCAAGGCCGACAAAAUGGCCGAGUAUGUUGCGCCUAGUGAGAAGGAAGCUACGAAAACGCGGAAAAAGCAAAAGGCUGAAGCCCACGAGAAGAACAAACGUGCGACAUCUGUCCAAGCUCUCAAGCAGAAAUUUCUCAGUCAAAAGAGUGCGAAGAAAACGUCGGACCGCAAGGUUGCUGCUACUUCCGUAAACGAUUACGUGGCUCUGCCAUCCACGAAGAAAUGA